ACCGCCAAAGUAUCAUCGUCUUCUGCCCUCUAUAAGUCAACUACUCUACUCACAUUCUUACCUACCUUUUCAUUUUCAAAUCAUGCCUGCACUUGUCUGGGCAGCCCCUCGCGCCCCCAAUGCCGCUCCUCUUGUAAAUAAUGCCAGUCAAGUACUCGUUGCAUCACCUCUACUCGAGUCGCAAUGGUCAAGACAGGAUGUAUUGACCCUUGCUGGUGUAUGCGUAGCCAUCAUUGCCGUGUUGAUCGCACUUGUUAGCGUCUUGUUUUCACCACCUAAAUCGCGCAAGUGGCUAUGCAGGCCGUUUCAUUGGAUCACACGACGCCUACGGCCCAAUGCGGAAUACCUACCCCUGUCGUCGCGGUCCACUUAUCAGCCAAUGGUCAUUAGGAACUGGGAAAACACAAAUGAGAGAGCGGCUCGCCAACAAUUGCAGGAACGUUACAAUGAGUCGCUGAGGGCGAGGCGUGGGGGAUUCUGA